UAGGGAAGAGAAGGGUAACAUAGUAAAACAAUUAUUUAUUGUUGAAAUCCUGAAACUCCAACUCGCAGCUGCUGGUCGUCUCCUUCCUCUUCCUCCCGCCUCCUCCCGCCGCCUCCUCCGCCUAAAACCCUCCAACAAAACCACCAUAUUGUAGUUGUAUAACCACCACUAAUCGGCGCCGCCUCUGUCAACCGCCUCUCCUUCUCAGGCACUGAUAUUCUCGCUUAGAAUUGUGGGGGAUACUUAGACUCUUAUGGUUGCUGUUGGUUAUAAAGCUUUACCUCUUAGAAGACUGAAGGACCAUAGUGUUGCCGAGACUACCCAAUUUUCCGGGGAAGAAGGUUGUGUUGUGUAUAGGCAGGGAAGAAGAAGAAACAUGGGCAGAAAGGCGGAUGGAAGACGGGGAAGUUCUGAUGGGAAUUAUCAGUCCAAAGCUUCUCAUGGAAGCGAAUUUGACAAGGCUAUGAAAGAUAAAAAGUAUCAAAAGAAGCAAGAUUAUUCGGGAGACGCUGAAACUUCACAUAUCAGGAAUCAGAUAGACCCUGAAACAGUGAAAUACUUAUCUGAGAUUGCGAAUGUACUAGAAAGUGGCGAAGUAGAGUUGGAAGAGCGUUCUGUCGUAUGUGGCAAUGCUUUAGAGGAAAGCAGAGGGAAAGAGAUGGAGCUUGCAACUGACCAUAUUAUCAGCCACACGAUGCAAACGUUGUUGGACGGCUGUGAUGCGGACCAUCUUUGUAGUUUUCUCCGUAGUUGUGCCAAGGAUUUUGGUCGGAUUGCUAUAGAUAGGUGUGGUUCUCAUGUAGCAGAAACAGCUCUCAAUUCUUUAUCCAAACAUCUCCAAGAUGAGGACUUCUACAAUCUAAUCAAAGAUACUCUAACCUUGAUAUGCCAGGAAAUUGUCCGAAAACCUGUAGUUGUUAUGUGCAACUGUCAUGGAUCUCAUGUUAUCCGGAGUCUCCUUUGUUUAUGCAAAGGAGUACCAUUGGAUUCAGAGUUCCAUUCUGCAAAACCAUCUACAGCUUUAUCUCGCCGGUUGAAUCUUAGUUCCGACAAAGAGCUCAAGAAUGAGACACCAAUUGUCCAUCAAGGGUUUCCAGAUUUACUUAAGUUUCUUGUGUCUGAAAUGUUAAAGUGUAAUGCAACGGAUAUUGCGGCCCUUCAAGUGGACCAAUUUAGCAGUUUAGUUCUGCAGACAGCUCUAAAGUUGUUAGCAGGACAAGAGCAGGAUCUCCUCCACAUCAUUCCAGUUAUAAUGGGUUGCAAUGUGGAAAACGCAGAUCAAAGUAGCUUUAUAGAGAAAACAGAGGUGCAGAACAUCAGAGAUUUGGUCAAAGAAAAUGCAUUUAGCCAUUUGAUGGAGGUCAUAUUGGAAGUGGCUCCAGAUACUCUGUAUGAUGAGAUAUUCAUGAAAAUAUUCAAGGAUUUGUUGUAUGAUAUUUCAAGUCAUCCCGCUGCCAAUUUUGCUGUGCAAGCCUUAAUUUCUUAUGCAAGAAGUCAAGAUCAGGUAGGUGCAAUAAGCGAGGAACUUGGACCAAAAAUGAAGGAUCUCCUGAAAAUGGGAAGAUCAGGGGUUGUAGCAUCUUUGAUUGCCGCAAGUCAGAAGCUCCAUGCUAAUGAACAUAAGUGCUCUAAGGAGCUUGCAGCUGCUGUAAUGGCAGCUAAUGAGGCCCCGAUUUGUAUUGUACCUCGAUUACUGUUACUUGACAAUUACUUAUUCUCCAAGGAUAAAGCCAACUGGAGCUGGACAAGUGGAUGUAGAGUACAUCUCAUGGGCUCUCUAAUUCUGCAAUCACUAUUCAAGUAUCCAAGCGAAUAUAUACAACCUUACAUCACAAGCAUCACAUCAAUGGAAAGCUCUCAUGUCCUAGAAGCGUUGAAAGACUCCGCAGGAGCACGUGUUAUUGAAGCCUUUCUGGCCUCAAAGGCUCCUGAUAAACAGAAGAAGAAGUUGAUUAGCAAGUUGAAAGGUCAUUUUGGAGAACUUGCAAUGCAUUCAUCAGCUUCUUUCACUGUUGAAAAGUGCUUCAAUGCCAGUGAUGUUCCAUUAAGAGAGGUGAUAGUCACUGAUUUGCUUGGUGUACAGAAAGAGCUUUCUAAGACGAGGCAGGGUCCUCUUCUCCUGAGGAAUCUUGAUGUUGAUGGUUUUGCAAGACGGCCUGAACAGUGGAGUUCUAGACAGAAGUCUAAACUUACUGUUUACAAGGACUUUUUAGCGGAAUUUAGUGAGCCAGAAACUGGCUCCUGGGAAAGGAAGAAUCCACCUCCUGAUGUUUCUAAGAAAGCAACCCAGCAAACGAAUAUGAAGCAGAUGAGGCAAGAGAUUGACACUGUCUUGGCAUCAUUCACAAACUCUGAUUCUUCUAAGAAACACAAGAAACAGAAAAAAUCUGGAAAAGAUCACGGUGAUGAUAAUGUUGAACAGAAAUCCUCUUCUGACAAGAAAAAGCGUAAGCAUCACCAGAAAGAUGAUACGUCAAAGUCUUCUAAGAAGAAGCUUAAAUCCUAACUUGCAGGCGCUAUUACACCAACUGCUUAAGAUUUUAAUUUGUUGAGAAAUAGAUAUGUUAGAAGAUUAUCCCUGUAACAAUUCCCCUUUUUCUGUGUAACGACAAUAUGUAGAAGAUUUAACAUUCGAAGUUUUUAUGAAUGAGAAUAGGCAAUUUUGGCUUUGAUAA